CGCCGUUCCGUCCUCUUCCUCUCGCGUCUUCUUUCCUUUCUUCGGUUUUAUCGAAAGAAAAAAAAAAAAAGUCGCGCUCCAUUUCGGAUUCUUUCCUUCGCGCAGGAUCGAUCCAUCGAGUUUUCACGACCGACGAGGUGCAAGCCUAAAAGAGCAACCCGAAAAUGACGGAACAAUCGGCAGGCAAAGGACCACCAAGCGCCAUCAUGCUGGUCUUCUCCAAUCUCGUUCACAUCCUCCUAGUGGCCCCAGUAAUCUACAUCCUGGUUUUGGCCUUUAGCAACUACCACUUCUUCUCCUGGCAUCCUAUUUGCAUGAGCCUCGGAGUUGGUCUUCUAGUAACCGAGGCGGUGUUCAGUAUCUCCGGCGAGGCUUACUUGGCUUCGAAAAUAUCCAGGAUGAACAGAGUAACGUUGCACUGGAUCCUUCACACGUUGGGCCUAGGACUGAUGCUGAUCGGUUUCCUCAUCAUUGUUGUGAACAAGGUCACGAACAACAGAAGCCACUUCGUCACUCCUCACUCCGUACUCGGUUUAGUCAGCAUCAUUUUCGCCCUUCUGACAGCUUCUUUCGGAAUUGUCACCAACAAUUCCAGGUGGUUGUACCCGCGUUUCAGGCCUGUGCUCCUGAAGAUCCUGCACGCGUUCGGCGGUAUCGUCGUGACGAUACUGUUGCUCGCCACGCUGAUCACAGGGACGUAUACAAAAUGGUGGCCUGGCAGCGAUACAGGAAGAAGCUUGGUGUUCUCCUCGUUCUUCAUCGCUGGGUUUUUCAUAUUGUUGAAACCGAUUCUGGGAGCUGUUUCCAGGAGCAGAGUUGUUUUCGGCCCUCCGCCUGCUACCACGUAAUUGGAGCCGGUUGUAAAUCGACCUCCAAUAGAGUGGAUACAGUGUGAGUGAUGAUGAGGUUGCUGGGGGAAGUUUGUAUUGUAUUUGAUGUAACUGAUACCGAUGAUAUUGCUGGAUAAUGAAAUUUUAUAUUUUUCUAAUUGGAUCGCGGUGUGUAUAGUCGGUGAGAGAAAUAUGGGACGUCUAAUGUUCGAGUGUUAAGGGUUGAAAGGUUGAAUAUAUAAAUUUUCGAGUGUUUUCGAGAGAAUCGGCGGAAAGCUGAGAAAUUAAGGGAAAAAUAGAGUUUAGGUGUCACUAAGUAUCGCUACGUUAGAGUUUACUCAGAGUUUAAGGGUUGAAAGGUUAAGAGGUUAAAUGUUGAAAUUUUCGAGAGUUUCGACAGAAGAAUCGAUAAAAAUCUAAGAGGACAAAGGCUCGAGAUUUAUAAUAAUUGAAAUUGAAAGAAUUGAGGUUAGGUGUCGUUACGUCGCUCGCCAUAUUUCUUCCACCGACUAUACCAAUGUUGUACCGUAUUAUACGGUACAGUGUAGUACUUUAACACUGCAAUAUACUGUACUGCACGGUAUAAUAUAGCACUACAGUAAUAUCUUACUGUACUUUACAGUACAGCGUAAUACUACAGAGUUAUUUAAAGCG